CCAAGAAAACUCAAGAUUUUUUUUUUCUGUGUAUCUCUAAAAAAACAAAAAAAAUAAAUAUAGAAGAGAGGAAAAAAAGAAGAUAGUGUAGUAUUUUGAUUGGUCCAAAAAAGUAAAUAAAAUGGAACCAAUAGAUUUUGGUAAUUUGAGAGGUAGUAGUUUAAGAGUAAGUGUAAAAGGAAGUUCUAGAGGAAGUUUCAGAUCAGAUAGUAAUUCAAUAUUUAGAAAUAAUAAUAUAUUUAAUCGUUCAUCAAGAGAUGAAGAUGAUGAAGAAGCACUUAAAUGGGCUGCACUUGAAAAGUUACCAACUUUUGAUCGUUUAAGAAAAGGACUUUUAUUUGGAGCUAAUGAAGUUGAUAUACAUGAUCUUGGUAAUCAACAAAGUAAAGAUUUGGUUGAUAGGCUUGUUAAAGUUGCUGAUGAAGAUAAUGAGAAGUUUUUGUUGAAACUCAGAGAUAGAAUUGAUAGAGUUGGGAUUGAUUUGCCAACAAUUGAAGUAAGAUAUGAACAUCUAAAAAUUGAGGCAGAUGCAUAUGUAGGAAGCAGUGCUUUGCCUACAUUUAUCAACUUUGUGACUAACUUUAUCGAGCCAUUGUUGUAUUCUCUCCAUAUCGUACCAAAUCGAAAGAGGAAACUCACUAUUCUUGAUGACGUGAGCGGUAUCAUCAAGCCUUGCAGAUUGACUUUACUUUUAGGUCCUCCUGGUUGUGGCAAAACUACUCUCUUAUUAGCUUUGGCUGGAAAGCUUGACACUGAACUUAAAGCUAGUGGGAAGGUGACAUAUAAUGGACAUGAAAUGAAUGAGUUUGUGCCGCAAAGAACUGCUGCUUAUAUUAGUCAGCACGAUUUACACAUCGGAGAAAUGACUGUGAGAGAAACUUUGGAAUUCUCUGCUAGAUGCCAGGGAGUUGGCUCUCGUUAUGAAAUGUUGGCUGAACUGUCAAGAAGAGAGAAAACAGCAAAUAUCAAACCAGAUCCUGAUAUUGAUGUUUUUAUGAAGGCAGCAGCAACAGAGGGACAAGAAGCUAAUGUUGUGACUGAUUAUGUUCUUAAGAUUUUGGGACUUGACAUUUGUGCUGAUACUAUGGUGGGAGAUGAAAUGGUAAGGGGUAUUUCAGGAGGGCAAAAGAAGCGUGUGACGACAGGUGAAAUGCUUGUUGGACCGUCAAAGGCACUUUUCAUGGAUGAAAUCUCUACUGGAUUGGAUAGUUCGACCACUUAUUCCAUCGUGAACUCUCUAAGGCAAACUGUUCAAAUCUUGAAGGGAACUGCUGUGAUAUCUCUCUUGCAGCCAGCGCCCGAGACAUACAAUUUGUUUGAUGACAUUAUUCUGUUAUCAGAUAGUGUAAUUGUCUAUCAGGGCCCUCGAGAAGAUGUUAUUGGCUUCUUUGAAUCCAUGGGUUUCAAAUGCCCUGAAAGAAAAGGCGUAGCUGACUUUUUGCAAGAAGUGACAUCGAAGAAGGAUCAACAACAAUAUUGGGUGAGGAGGGAUGAGCCUUACAGGUUUAUCACAUCGAAAGAAUUUUCCGAGGCAUAUCAAGCAUUUCAUGUAGGGAGGAAACUCGGGAACGAUCUUGCAGUCUCAUUUGACAAGAGAAAAAGCCAUCCUGCUGCUUUGACAACUGAAAAGUAUGGUAUAGGGAAGAAACAGCUCUUCGAAGUCUGCAAGGAAAGAGAAUACUUGCUAAUGAAGAGGAACUCGUUCGUUUACAUUUUCAAGUUCUGUCAGCUUUUGAUUAUGGCACUCAUCUCGAUGACCAUCUUUUUCCGAACUGAGAUGAAACAUGAUACUAUGGAUGAUGGAGGAAUAUAUUCUGGUGCUCUCUUUUUUGUGAUCAUUAUGAAUAUGUUUAACGGAAUGUCUGAGCUCGGGAUGAUAAUCUAUAAACUUCCCGUCUUCUUCAAGCAAAGGGACCUUCUCUUUUUCCCUGCAUGGGCUUAUGCAAUUCCCUCAUGGAUACUCAAAAUACCUGUAACAUUUGUUGAAACUGCUCUCUGGGUGUUUCUCACUUACUACGUCAUGGGAUUUGAUCCGCACCCCUCAAGGUUGUUCAAACAGUUCUUACUACUCAUAAUAGUAAGUCAAAUGGCCUCAGGGUUGUUUCGAUUCAUUGGGGCUGUUGGCAGGAGCUUAGGAGUUGCUAGUAUAUUUGGAUCAUUCGCUCUGCUUUUACAAUUUGCAUUGGGAGGCUUCGUUCUUUCACGAGAUGAUGUGAAGAGCUGGUGGAUAUGGGGUUACUGGACUUCACCUAUGAUGUAUUCCGUGAACGCAAUUCUUGUGAACGAAUUUGACGGGAAAAGGUGGAAACAUAUUCCACCAAAUGGAACUGAGCCGCUUGGAGCUGCUGUUGUAAGAGGUCGAGGCUUCUUCCCAGAUGCAUCGUGGUACUGGAUAGGCUUUGGCGCGCUUGUUGGAUUCACAAUCGUGUUUAACAUCUGCUACACCAUUGCACUCACUUACCUAAAACGUGAGUAUCUCUCAAAUUUCUCCAUUUAUAUCUCCGUUAAGGCAAAAAAUGUUAAAUGUUUAGUAUUAAUAUCUACAGCGUUUGGUAAGCCACAAGCUAUGAUACCAGAAGACAGUGAAGAUGCACAAACAACUAGCGCGGAGACAGAAGACUCCAAUAGCGAGAGUCAGAAUAAGAAAAAAGGAAUGGUUCUUCCAUUUGAACCGCAUUCCAUCACCUUCGAUGAUGUAAUGUACUCUGUCGGCAUGCCUCAGGAAAUGAAAGAUCAAGGUGCUACUGAAGAUAGAUUGGUACUUCUUAAGGGCGUAAGUGGAGCAUUCAGGCCCGGUGUUUUGACAGCUUUGAUGGGAGUAAGUGGGGCUGGAAAAACAACAUUGAUGGAUGUAUUGGCUGGAAGAAAGACAGGAGGAUAUAUCGAGGGUGACAUCAAGAUUUCGGGCUAUCCUAAGAAGCAAGACACAUUUGCACGUAUAUCUGGAUACUGUGAGCAGAAUGACAUCCAUUCACCUUAUGUUACAGUUUAUGAGUCAUUAGUAUACUCCGCUUGGCUGCGUUUACCUCAUAAUGUUGAUACAAAGACCCGAAAGAUGUUUGUUGAGCAAGUCAUGGAUCUUGUGGAGCUUGGACCAUUAAGAUCAGCCUUAGUUGGUUUGCCAGGGAUCAACGGUCUCUCAACUGAACAACGCAAAAGGUUGACCAUUGCAGUGGAGCUAGUGGCUAACCCCUCUAUCAUUUUCAUGGAUGAACCAACCUCCGGGCUGGAUGCAAGGGCUGCUGCAAUUGUUAUGAGAACUGUUAGGAACACUGUCGACACAGGAAGAACCGUUGUUUGUACCAUCCAUCAACCUAGUAUCGACAUUUUUGAAGCCUUUGAUGAGCUCUUUCUAAUGAAACGAGGAGGACAAGAGAUAUACGUUGGUCCAUUGGGUCGCCAUUCUUGCCAUUUAAUCAAAUACUUUGAGUCCAUGCCAGGGGUAAGUAAAAUAAAAGAUGGCUACAAUCCAGCAACGUGGAUGUUAGAAGUCACAGCCUCGGCUCAGGAAAUACUGUUCGGGGUUGAUUUUACUGAUUUAUACAAGAAAUCAGACCUUUACACAAGGAACAAAGCAUUGAUUAGUGAACUGAGCGUACCUCGCCCUGGUACAAAAGAUCUGCAUUUUGACACUAAAUACUCACAGCCAUUUUGGACCCAAUGUAUAGCUUGCCUUUGGAAACAACACUGGUCAUAUUGGCGUAAUCCUACUUAUACGGCAGUCAGAUUUCUGUUUACAACCAUCAUUGCCUUGGUCUUCGGGACAAUGUUCUGGGAUAUUGGUGGUAAAGUGAGUAAGAGUCAAGAUCUAUUUAACGCAAUGGGAUGCCUGUAUGCUACUGUUCUCUUCCUCGGUACACAAAAUUCAUCAUCAGUGCAGCCUGUUGUAGCUGUUGAACGUACAGUAUUCUAUAGAGAAAGAGCUGCUGGAAUGUAUUCUGCAUUACCUUAUGCCUUUGGACAGAUUUCCAUUGAAAUCCCUUAUGUCUUUAUGCAAUCUGUUUUCUGUGGUGCAAUCAUGUAUGCUAUGAUCGGAUUUGAAUGGACGGUAGCAAAGUUCUUUUGGUACUUGUUCUUCCUGUUUUUCACCCUCUUGUACUUCACUUUCUACGGUAUGAUGACUGUUGCUGUUACCCCAAAUGUAAGUGUUGCUCAAAUUGUCGGCUCCUUCUUCUACGGAGUAUGGAAUCUUUUCUCAGGAUUCAUCGUUCCACGAACUCGUAUUCCCAUAUGGUGGAGAUGGUACUACUGGUGUUGUCCUGUUGCCUGGACCUUAUAUGGUUUAGUUGCAUCACAAUUUGGUGAUCUUCAGAACAAACUUACUGAUGAAGAAACAGUAGAACAAUUCUUGAGACGUUACUUCGGCUUCAAACAUGAUUUCCUUCCAAUAGUUGCAGUCGCGAUUGUUGGAUACACUGUUCUUUUUGGCUUCACAUUUGCUUUCGCUAUUAAGGCAUUCAACUUCCAAACGAGAUAAAAAGACGUUACCUGCUGAAGAUGUGUGAGGAAAGUACUAAAGACAACAUGUGUUAUGGUCUAUCCACUACUCGUGUAAUGAUGAAGACGCGGUUAGUACGUAUAAGGAAGUUUUCUCGAGCUCAAGUAUGAGGGAGAUAUUGAUUUUGAAAGUACUGUAUAUAGAUUUCCAGUUGAACAAGUGUAUGUUCUGUUAUUAUGAUUAUUCUUUAUGAAUUCCAAGUUCAUAUGUUAAUGUUGAAUCAAAAUGCAGUGGCAAAUUCAUUCCAUUAACCAUAUUCUAAGUAUUUUUCUGUUACUAUCUGUUGUUUCUUGUA